CAAUAUCUCCUAGCUAGCUUGCAAGCAAUCUAACACUACCUAUACUUUCCUUCAAUGGCUUCCAAAACCCUUCCAUAUGCAUUUUUCACUCUCCUUUUCUUUCACCAAUUCCACUUCUCUUCAGCACAAACGACAACUGUGGUGAAAGCCACAUACUGGUUUCCCGAGAGUGGAUACCUGGCUUCCAGCAUUAAUUCCACACUCUUCACCCAUCUAUUUUGUGCCUUUGCCGAUCUCAACCCAACCACAUACCAAGUCACAGUUUCUUCCUCACACUCAGCUCCUUUCGCAAACUUCACCGCCACUGUGCAACAGAAAAACCCUUCAGUUAAAACCCUCUUAUCCAUCGGUGGAGGAAAUGCUAAUGCCUCAACUUUUGCAUCAAUGGCUAGCCGAAACAGUACCCGUAAAUCAUUCAUAGAUUCCUCUAUAAAGCUAGCCAGGUCUUACAACUUUUAUGGCCUUGACCUUGACUGGGAGUACCCAUCUUCAGCCACUGAAAUGAGCAACUUUGGCUAUCUCCUCAACGAGUGGAGAGCUGCAGUGGCCAACGAGUCUAAGACCUCUAACAAGACAGCGUUGCUUUUAUCUGCAGCUGUGUUUUACACUUCAAGCUACUAUGGAGGCUUGAAUUAUCCUUUUCAAGCUAUUUCAAACAGCUUGGAUUGGAUCAACAUCAUGGCCUAUGAUUUUUAUGGACCCAGUUGGGCACCAAGUAUGACUGGACCUCCUGCUGGGUUGUACAAUAUUACAAGAAGCCAAAUUAGUGGAGAUAAUGGGAUCAAGGCUUGGAUUCAGGCUGUGCCAGCCAAAAAAGUGGUAUAUGGAAUUCCAUUUUAUGGAUACGCAUGGAGUUUAGUAAAUGCUAAUGACCAUGGAAUAUUUGCACCUGCUAAUGGGACAGCUACCGCUAUAUCCUCUGACGGGUCCAUAACAUAUAGCCAAAUCAAGGGUCUCAAAAAUUUCACAGCAGUGUACAAUUCCUCCAUUGUUACAAACUAUUGUUAUUCUGGGACGACAUGGAUUGGUUAUGAUGAUACGAAUAGUACGUCUACCAAGGUUACAUAUGCUAAGGGAAAGGGAUUGCUUGGUUACUUUGCAUGGCACGUUGGUGCGGACCUAAAUUCGAUCCUUGCUCAAACAGCUUCAAGUGCAUGGGGAGCAUAGAAUAUAGAAGAUUCGAUGUAAAAGGCCAUGAUAUGAUAGCAUGUUUUGUAUAACAAUAAAUUUGUAACAAUAAUAAGUUGAGCCCUUGUAGUUCAACUCGUUGGUAUACUAUGAUGUUUUUAAGAAAUUUAAAGUUCAAAUUAUCCUCCUCCAUUGUAAUCUUGAAUUAUCAAAAAAUAAGAGAAAAACAG